GCUUAUUUUCCCGUGUAUCAUGUUUAGCGUAGUCGUUCGACUUGGUUCAAGCAGCAGUAGCGUCUAGUCUUCCCGGAGAGGGGGGAAACUGUGGCGACAUCGUGGAUCACCCUCUCAAUAAGACACAGAGAUCUACAUAAAGAAAAGGGCCCUUCCUGUCUCCCGCUGCGACCCUCGAUCUGACCGCUCUUCUCUCCUGGUUCGCUUUGGUCGACAGUGAGAUUUCUUGGCUCUUACCCACGACGACCCAGCGCCCUGGGACUGGACAGCACGACUCAUCAACUGAGGAGCCAGUCAAAGCUUCGCCUUGGGGGCCGAUCUUCCUUUUACAAGGCAGCCUGGCUGCUUCUUGCAGGCCUGAUUACAUAUCAUAUCCAUUCAUCCAUCUUUCAACAUGGAGUAUGCUUCGAUUAUUGCUCGGCGCCCUGAGCACCCGGACGUGUUGACGAUACCAAGUCCGUCCCAUCAGCAAGCCGCCAUCUUCAUCACAUUCUUCUUCCCGGCGCUUUCGAUAGUCGUGUUUGGAGCUCGGACAUACAGCAGACUUACGACUAGACAAUGGGGUCUUGACGACUGGUUAUGCGGCAUGGCAGUGCUAUGCGCAGUGUGUAUGACACCGCCAUUUUAUAUGUACAUCAAGCUCAUGUACUUCGGAUACCACGCCGUUGAUGUUCCCCAACCCUUCAACUCGUCACCCGCUAUGUGGUGGUUCUUCAUGGCACAAAUGUUCUACAACCCCGUUUUGGCCUUCGUCAGAGCCUCGAUCUUGGUUUUCCUUCUGCGUCUCGGAGGACAGAAGCCCGGCGUUCGGUGGACCAUCCACGGCUUGAACAUCGCCAAUGCUGCCAUGGCCACUGCCAUCUUCCUCGUCGCUCUUCUUCAGUGCCUACCGAUCGAGGCCAACUGGGAUCCUCUCGUACGAGCUUCUGCCCGAUGUGUCGACAACUCUUUCCACGUGUCGAUCUCUUGUCUCAAUGUGUUGAUGGAUGUGCUCGUUCUGUUGUUGCCGUUCUGGAUCUUCUUGGGUUUGAAAAUGCCAAUGGGUGCAAAGAUUGCCGUCAUUUGCGUCUUCUUGGUUGGUGCAGUUGUCACCGUCGUCGCCAUUAUCCGUCUCGUGGCAAUCUACAAGCUCUUCUACGUGCCCCCGGAUCCCAACAAAGACCCCUUCUACGAUAUCGGCGUCGUCUACAACACGGUCGAAGUAAACCUCGCCAUCGUUUCCGCGUCCGCUCCGGCUCUCCGCCCCAUGUUCCGCAAGUGGUGGCCGAAGCUCUUCGGUGCCAUCAGCUCCGGCAAGACUGGCAGCAGUGGGCUCAAGUACUACGGCAACUCCUCUCGGCCCCGCAACACGGUUCGAGAAGGCGACAACAUUACGCUGAAGGACAUGCGUAUGACGCGCUCGCAACACCAUACAGAGAUCCGAAGCACGUCGCCUUCUGGGUCCGAGGAGGAAAUCAUGACAUACAAUGGCAUUGUCCGCACAACCAAUGUCAACCUAACAUACGAGUCAAAUACCAGCGUCGGAGACGAUUCUCGGUCUUCGACUGAUUACAGGACCGGGGAGAAGCCCUUGAGCAAGGGAGCCAUAGUCUGA